AAAACCUUAAAAAGUAUAUUAAGAAAAACAGUGAGUUUGCUAGAGUCGCAUCGUUUUAUCAUUGCUUCCAAACAAGAAGUUAUUUUUGUUUCCAUAAAACCUGUUACUCUGUUACCUCAACAACAACUAUUGACGACCCAUCAUACUCAGAAGGACCACACGCUUAAAACAUACACAAUAUGAAGAUUUUCCUCGUUUUCAUAGGUGUUUUUGUUGUGUGCAUCAACGCCCAAUUCGAUUAUGGAUAUACAGAAGAUUCGCCAGCAGACAAAAUCAAAGAUAAUCCCGGAAAAUGUUUCGUGGACGGCGUUGGAUUGAUGGACAAAGGAGCAGAAGCCAAAGUUAGUGGAAAAUGCGAAAAAGUUUCGUGCUUAGAUGAGGGAAAAUACCGAGUGAAAAAAUGUCCUCCAUUGGCAGUUGAACCGCCAUGCUACGCUGUUUAUCCAGAUGUAUCUUUUCCAGAAUGCUGUACUUUCAAAAUAGAAUGUCUCCCGCGUAAGCCAACACCUGUUCCUCCCACAAGAAGAAAUUAGCGAACUUUUCACUUAUUUCUCAUGAAUUAUAUCACUUUUUUUUCGAGAUAAUAAAAUAUUUAUAUCAGUGAAUUUCCAUAAAUGCCUGUCAGUCUUAUAACAACAAACAAUAUACUCCUGUUAUUAAUGAUAAAAUAAAGAAAUACUAUAAUAA